AUGGAUGAGUCUAAUAUACAAAUGAAACCACCGCACGUGGAAAAUAGCUGCUCAUUGAUAACCAAAUUGAAUAAUUCUGUUUGUACUAAUACCAGUUCUUAUGAAGAAACUUCCCCUGAAAACUGCUCAGUAGAUCAUGAAGCAGAUUUGAAGCACUCCAGAGAGGACAGUUUGAUGCAUGAAGAAGAACAACUUCAUGAUGAGGAAAAGACAGGCAGUGACGCCUUGCAACAAGCUGGAGAAGUACUUGGCCAGAGUGCUCAAAGUGCAAUGGAUGUUGAAGUUCUUUGCAUGGAUCAUUUAAGAAAAAGAAGUGAACUAGAGACUCCUCUUCUGAAGCUGCAACUCUAUGACCAUGGUGGUUCUAAUCAUUCUGCAAAAGUAUGGCCAGCCAAUGGUUGUACAGGUGAAAGGGGAACUGGGAAGUCUGCAAAGAAACUUGAUAAAGGAAGGACUGCAAAAGAGGAGACAUCCAAACGCGAGAAGGUCCGAGAAAUACAGAAAAAUUAUAGCCGAUCAGCUUUAAAUUCAAUAUUUUACCAUUAUAGCCGCAAGGGUCGACUAUUCGAAGAUUUUAAACGUACAGCCGUUCGGCUAGACUCUUUAAAUAUUAUUCGAACGAACACGAAGCUUGCACUCGCAGAGUCGCAGUGGACGGAACUUUCUCUGGCAGUCACUGCUUCGUCCUCCGGGUUCGGCGCCGAAAAAAGACCCAACCCGCCUAGGAGCCGGCCUAGCUACUACCUAGCCGCCUAG